AUGACUCAAGCUUUACGUCCGCCUUCGUUCAUGGAACGUUACCAAUUAUGUCGUGUUGAUAACAAGUACUACCCAAAUUUCAACGUGACCGUCAAAUAUGCAUCAUCAAUCAAUCCAACAGUAUUGGCACAUGCCGUGCACAACAUCAUUGUAAAGAAUCCACUUCUUGCAUGCAACUACUUUAGAACCACUGAUGAUGAGGAUCAUAAUGACUACAGAAACUAUUCUGUUCGUCCUGUUGAUAUCAAGUUUGAUGAUUUGAUUUCUGUACAAUCAGUCCCAGAAGAGACUUAUAUCAAUGACCAAUUCUUUGCUGAAUUGAACAAGAUCCACUUUGAAUUGAAUAAGGCUAAGCCGUUAUGGAAAGUGAUACUCAAUGGACCUUAUGUGACGAUUGUGUGUUCACAUAUAUAUUUCGAUGGCAAUAGUGGGUGUUUUUUCCACAAGGAUUUACUUGGAGAGUUGAAGGAGUUGGAGAGUAUUGAGGACCUGUUGGUGCCAUUGGACUUCAUUGUCAAAGCGGUUGAAAUUACUGCAGUGCCAGCACCAGUCGAUUCAACUUCAUCUUUGUAUUCAUUACCCAUUUGGCAAACAGUCAAAAAUGUCUUCAAAUUGGCCGUAGCCCCAUCUUGGUUUAAACCACAGACUAAAUUUCCAUUGUUCAAGACAGCCCCAAUCGUCGUUGAUCAAAUUACUCACUUUAAAGUUAUUCAUAUAGAUCCAACCACCCUCAAGUCAAUAUUAACUCACGUCAAGUCAUUAAAUACAACAUUAACACCAUGGUUAAUUGCCAUCACAUUCAAUCUGUUUCUGAAAGUACAUCCAAACAACUCCUUUGAUGCCACCAUCCCCUUGAAUGGUCGUAGGUAUUCACCAGCCGACAAGUAUCAAGUGGUUGUUGCCGAGUGCACAGUUACCCUUGACCCACCGUUUGAAAUCGAAUCAACAUCAUCGACAAUCUCAACUCAGUUAACCGACGAAUUGGAAUCGCGCGAUCCUUUCAAUCGUGUUGCGUUGCUUAAAUUGGUCAAUGUAGGCAAUUAUGCUGGUCAAAGAAUUGGGACCCAUUCAAGACAUACAAUGGAAAUUAGUAAUGUCGGUAAAUUACCUGUACCGCAAUGUUGGUUUAGUCAAGGAUGUGGAUUUUCCGCUCAUUUGCAAAUGAAUGUGGCUAGUGGGGAAGAUGGUAUGGAUAUUGUAUUCGCUUAUGUUGAUGAAGUUGAGAAAGAUUUUGAUGAAUUCAUGAUCAAUUUUCAUAAAGAAAUUGAAAAUGCUAAACAUACAGCUACAUGA